AGGGGUGGGACAGGACAUCAUGAUUGAUAAUCUGUUUAGCCAAUAGCAUCUCGUCCUACAGACCAGAGUGUCCUUCAUGAAGUUAUCCACCAAUUAAGAAGCUGUUAACGGAAAGGGUGUGUCUACUAAGUUAAAAUACUUACCUUUGCCUUGGGAGAGCGCGGGUACCACUACCGCUCCAGCGCCGGUGAUGCUGAUGCGCAAAGCAGUUGAAUGAACUAGCAGCCACUUGGUGCGCGUCACGGUUUCCACGAGCAAAACAGCGCAAGACAAGUUUUCUGAUUUGGAGUGUAAAAUACGAGGAGUGUCAUGGCCGCCGACACAGGCGUCAGAACGGAGAUGGACGAGCUGCAGAGGAGAGCCAAUCAGGUCACAGAUGAGUCGCUGGAGAUCACUCGCAACAUGAAGCUGCUUCUGGAGGAGAGUAAAGAUGCGGGGAUACGGACACUGGUCAUGCUGGACGAACAAGGAGAGCAACUGGACCGCAUAGAGGAGGGCAUGGACCAGAUAAACCAGGACAUGCGGGAGGCCGAGAGGAACCUGACAGACAUGGCCAAGUGCUGCGGCCUCUGCAUCUGGCCCUGCGCUAAACUGAAGGACUUUGAGGCCAGCGGGGCGUAUAAGAAGGUGUGGGGCAACAGCCAGGAUGGAGUGGUGUCUAAUCAGCCAUCAUCGCGUGUCGUCGACGACCGGGAACGAAUGGUCAUGAGUGGAGGUUACAUACGGAGGGUGACAAAUGAUGCUCGGGAGGACGAGAUGGAGGAGAACCUGGCUCAGGUGGGCAGUAUCCUAGGCAACCUGCGGAGCAUGGCGCUAGACAUGGGCAACGAGAUUGACACGCAGAACGUCCAGAUCGAACGCACACAGCAGAAGGCUGUUGUCAAUGAAUCACGUAUCAAUGAGGCCAAUCAGCGCGCCCACAAGCUCAUCAAGAACAGCAGCUGUGGGCAGUGGGCAACGGGAGUGGUCGUAAUGUCCGGGGGGUACCCGUAUGUGCGCGCAGGGAGGGGAGGCGCAGGAGGGGUGCGCUUCAAGAGGAGGAAGUCUCGCUUCUCCUUCGAGGAGGUGCAGCUCAUGCUGAGUGAGGUCAAGAGACACAGACACAUCCUCGUAGGCAAGUUCAACUCGGGUGUGGCGUCGGACAUCAAGAAGAGGACCUGGGCAGCCAUCACAGCACGCAUCAAUGAGAUCAGCGAGUGCCAGCGCGAGAUCCUGGAGAUCAUCAAGAAGUGGUCCGACCUCAAGUGUGACACCAAGCGCAAGGUGGCUGCCAUGCGUGCCUCGGGUGCCACCUCUGCCCGCAUCGCCCGCGACCUCUCGCCCAUCGAGUCCAUGGUGCACCAGAUCCUGCAGAUGCCUGUCAACUACAGCACCGCGUCCACCGCAGCAGCGUUGGACGAUGAUGGGGACGAGGAUUUUCCCAUGAUGCCCCCCAUGCCACGGCGCCAGGCUGCCCCCACCACCACCACCAGGAGCCCCAGGAGGCUGCUGCCGGGGCCACCCCCACCCGCACCUGCGCCCGUGCUCGCGCUCGCGCCACCUGGCCCUCCUCAGCCUCCGCGCUCCAGCCCGCCCAGCACCAAGAACGAGUUGGGCCUGCCCACCGACAUGAUGUAUACCCGUAACUCCCCACACCCUCUGACUGACUUCCAGUUCGAGUCUCCAGACAUGGAAGAUAGCCUGCUGAAGUAUGACGACGGGCACAUAGGCAGUGAGCGUAGCCACCCCUCCUCGUUCCUGGACCCGCCUCCUCCCCCAAUGCCCCCGCCACCUCGCUCUGACACCUCCUCCUCCUCCCACCGAGGCUUCAAUGGCUCCUCCAUGAACUCCUCUUCCCCCGCACCUCCCCCUCCCCCCAUCAGCUCCAGCAUGCCCAUGGCUUCCACCCAGGCAGGAGGCGCUGUUGGCUUAGAAGGAGGCGCAGGAGGAGGAGGAGGAGGCGGUAGCAGCAGUGGGCUCCUCGGGGAGCAGCUGGCCCAGAGCGCCUCCCUGAGCCUGCAGGAGCAGCAGGCGGCCACGGCCCUCAUGGGCUCCAUCUCGCGCUCGCUGGAGGUCAUGUCCGAGUCGGUGCAGCAGCUGGUGGAGACGCAGCAGGCCUUUGCGCGCGACUCGCUGCAGAUGCAGAGGGACGCGCUGCACGUGCUGCGGGAUUUCACCAGCGGGGCGCUCGCACUGCUGCAGGACAAGCUCAACGGACGUCCGCUACUACAGUAGAUCACCGUUUCCAGCAGAGAUAGUAAGAUGCUAUCCUCCUCCUGUUUCCUCUUUGGUCUCCCCAAAAUGGACGCCACAAUACAGCUUAGUGAACGCCCACUCCCCCCCAGUUUCCCAGAAUUCCUUUCAUGUAUCGUAGAACCUGACCAGCGGGGCGCUCGCGCUCUUGCAGGAAAAGCUCAAUGGACGCCCGCUACCGCAGUAGAGCGAGUUUCCCAUGGUGCACCGGUAUGAAGGCGGGUGGUUUGCAGGUGAGCACUUCAGUUCCGAACAUAGCGGGUGCGGGUGCGGGUGCGGGUGCGGGCACCGGCAUCGUUCUGGUCAGCCAGAGUCUGCUCCUUCAGCAUUUUACAGUUCUCUGCACAUACUGUGGGCCUUCACCAGUGGAGCGCUUGUCAUGUUGUGCAGGACAAUAUCAACGGCUGCUGCUGCUGCUGCAGAAGUCGACUUCCUAGUAGUUGUUAGAGUUUGUUACAGUGCACCUGUGGUCGCUCGCCCCCUCCUGAAGUGGUUUCCCAGACCGCAACUAGACACCUAUGCAGGAUUCGCUGAUCGGAUGCCAGCUCUGAAUUCUCCAUUCCCCCGAACUGCGCUGUCUUGAGUACUCAAUUACGAUCAGCUGAUUCAUAGCUGGUCAGAUCUAAUUUGUGGCAAUUUUCAUUUUGUGAACCUGGGAGUGACACCUAGAGUGGAGUUGGUGUUCCUGCCCGUUCCUGCAAUACAUAGCUCCCAAAACGUGCAGCGUGGCAAUGGAGUGCCUGCUCCUUCCUUCCUUCUUGCCUCUGGACCAAUGGUCAAAUGGCCCCUGGUCCUUACUUCCUGCCUCUGGACCAAUUGUCAAAUGGCCCCUGGUCUUUACUUCCUGCCCCUAGUCCAAUGGUCCCUUUAUAUCUACAAGUAAGGUGCUCCUGAACCCUGAUGAUUUCAUACAGACAUUUUGACAGUGGAUGAAAAUCUGCAAUUUGUUUUUUUUUUCUUUAAAGAAUAAUCAUGGUGAUAUCGAACACAUCUGAUUUGACUCAAAACACUGGAAGGCUCUGAGUGAUUUUUGACCAGAUUUGGUGAUUUAUUAUUGUUAUUUUUU